GCCCAACCUGUACUACCCUUAUAUCCAGGAACACAUGGUAAAUUUUCCAGGUGUCCCGAAUCACUGGUACGACCCAUGGCACCUAGGACCACCUCAUUGCACACCAACUCCGAUGUGCAGACACCCAGUCCGACCUCCUUUUCAUUCAUAA